AUGGCAAAACGACAAUACGAUUUGCUCUUUAAAUUACUUUUAAUUGGUGACAGUGGAGUUGGCAAAACGUGUAUUCUAUACAGAUUUAGUGAUGAUGCCUUUAAUACAACAUUCAUUUCUACUAUAGGAAUCGAUUUUAAAAUCAAAACGAUUGAAUUGAGAGGAAAGAAAAUUAAGCUUCAAAUAUGGGAUACAGCUGGUCAAGAACGAUUUCAUACAAUAACUACAUCAUAUUACCGUGGUGCUAUGGGCAUAAUGCUAGUGUAUGAUAUAACAAAUGCAAAAAGCUUUGAUAAUAUAGCGAAAUGGUUGCGGAAUAUCGAUGAGCAUGCAUCUGAAGAUGUUGAAAAGAUGCUCUUAGGUAAUAAAUGUGAUAUGGCUGAUCGUCGAGUUGUCUCACGUGAGCGAGGUGAAAAAAUAGCCAGUGAUCAUGGAAUAAGAUUUCUGGAAACAUCAGCCAAAGCAAAUAUACAAAUUGAUAAAGCAUUUUACGAUCUCGCUGAAGCCAUUCUCGACAAAGUACAGCCGACUAUUCGACCAAUUGAUUCGACCGCUGCAUCUCAAAGAAGUGGUUGCUGCUAA